UGUCGGCGGGCGGGGCAGCAGCCAGGAGCUGGGGGUCGGUGCGUUGGUCAUGUUUCCCUUCGGGCCCGGUAGCCCCGGAGGGGACAGGGCGGCCGGAGCCGGGGCUGAGGAGCCAGCACCCCACGCGAGACAGGCUGUAGCUGCCGGGCCGCUCCCUUCUCCGCCCCCGUCGCUACAGCCGGGGGCUGACGCAGCCCCUCCCCCGUCGCCCUGCGGGAGCCCUCGCCACCCCUGCGCCCCUUCGCAGCCCCAGGCUGGGCGCGCGGGGGAGCUCCGGCCGCCCGGAGCUCUAAAGCCCUCAGCCGCUUCCGCCCAGGAAGAGCAGUCACCGCCCUCCCCGCCGCGCCGGCAACCUGGGCCUGACUGCAGGGCCGGGAGCCGGGGCCGGCACUGCCUCAGCGCCCGCCUGGGCGGCCCUGGCGCCCAGCUGUUCGGGUGGCUGAGAGAGCGCAGCCUGGGCCGCGGGCUGUUCGUGGAUCCGGCACGAGACAAUUUCCGCACCAUGACUAACCUCUAUGGUUCCAUCCAUCCCGCGGACUCGGUGUACCUCAGCACCCGCACCCAUGGGGCCGUCUUCAACCUCGAGUACUCGCCCGACGGGUCAGUGCUGACAGUUGCUUGUGAACAGACUGAAGUUCUGCUUUUUGAUCCUAUAUCUUCAAAGCACAUAAAAACACUUUCUGAAGCUCAUGAAGACUGUGUAAAUAAUAUAAGAUUUCUUGAUAACCGGCUGUUUGCUACCUGCUCUGAUGACACUACAAUAGCACUAUGGGAUCUGAGAAAACUGAACAGCAAAGUAUGCACUUUACAUGGUCACACUAGCUGGGUGAAGAACAUCGAAUAUGAUACUAAUACAAGACUCUUAGUAACGUCAGGAUUUGAUGGAAAUGUCAUUAUUUGGGACACCAACAGGUGUACAGAAGAUGGGUGUCCACAUAAGAAAUUCUUUCACACACGUUUUCUCAUGAGAAUGAGAUUAACACCAGAUUGUUCCAAAAUGUUGAUCUCAACGUCCUCUGGAUAUCUCUUGAUUUUGCAUGAUCUUGACUUAACCAAGUCUUUAGAAGUAGGCAGCUAUCCCAUUCUGAGAGCAAGAAGAACAACAUCAAGUUCAGAUCUUACCACUUUGUCGAGUUCAUCCGGUCCUAGAGUUUCUGGUUCACCUUCUCAUCAUAGUGAUUCUAAUUCAUCUUCUGAGAAACACAUGUCACGAGCCUCACAAAGAGAAGGAAUUUCACCACGAAACAGUCUUGAAGUCUUAACCCCUGAAGUUCCUGGUGAGAGAGACCGUGGAAAUUGCAUCACAUCGUUACAGCUGCACCCAAAAGGAUGGGCCACUCUUCUUCGGUGCUCAAGCAACACUGAUGAUCAGGAGUGGACUUGUGUCUAUGAAUUCCAAGAAGGAGCCCCCGUGCGACCAGUCUCACCUCGCUGUUCUCUACGACUGACUCAUUACAUUGAAGAAGCCAACGUAGGCAGGGGUUAUAUCAAAGAACUUUGCUUCAGCCCUGAUGGGCGAAUGAUUUCUUCCCCACAUGGCUAUGGGAUUCGCUUGUUGGGAUUUGACAAACAGUGCAGUGAACUUAUUGACUGUUUGCCCAAAGAAGCCAGUCCCCUGCGGGUGAUCCGUUCUCUGUACUCUCAUAAUGAUGUGGUACUGACGACAAAGUUCUCUCCAACACAUUGUCAGAUCGCCUCCGGGUGCCUUAGUGGACGGGUUUCUUUGUAUCAGCCAAAGUUUUAGGCACAACUUACAUCAAAUAAGGAACUCUUCUGGUGUUUGAAUUAUAUAUUACUUCAAUUUAGGUGAAGUAUUUUCUUUUUAGAAGAUCUUAAAAGUUUGGGUCAAGAUCCUAGUUCUUACGGGUCCAUGAACACACCUGUGACCUGAGUACUUGGUCGUCCAGCAUCACAGGGGCAUCGCCAAGUUAGACUCCAGGCAGCACCAUCUUUUGCAGCAUUCCUAGGCUCCUGCUGAUCUGUGCCACUGAACUCCAGUUCUGCUGGUUGUUUUGCAUGGUAGCUCUUGUCAAGUUUCUUUCUUUUAAUUCUCUUUUCUGUUUUUCGAUUUUGGUAUGAAUUUUGUGGACAUUUGGCAGGAGUUUUGGUUGGAUUAGGAGAAACUCGUGAUGCUAGUGUUGAAUAAAACCUAGAAGUUUGAUGUUGGCAUACUGGUUGAAAAGAAAUUUCAUCUUAUCAGUAUACUUGGCCUUUUAAAGUUGCUGUUGUUUCUCUAUAAUGAGCACAGAUAAUGGCAUUAUUCUUACAAAUGUUAUAGUUUUGCAGCAAAAUGUCUUUUAAGUUUCCUGUUAAAAUUAUACAUAUUUUUCACUGUGAGAGGGAUUUUGUUGUGAAAUUCUAGAAAAAAAAUUACCACCUCUCUUUGUAGUUUAUUUGUAUGAACUUUUAAAUCUGUAGCAUGUGUCCUUACUUGGUAUUUUGUUCCUGUCAACAGCAUUAGAAAGGAAAAGAGAAGUAAUGGGCUUUGGUCAUUUCUAUUGUAUAGAAGAGGAUUUAUUUAUUAGAUUAUACUUUCUAUCUGGCCACAGAGUGAUGAGAACAAUGUGGCUUAGAUUUUCUGUUUCCUCUGCCAGAUUAUUUAAAUCACAGAGGAUGACAGGUGGAGGGAAAAUCGAGAGUAAAAACGUUGUGUUUUUCUCAUUUUCCUUGAGCUUAACUCUCUUACCAUUUAUGAAGGGAGAACUGUGAUUGUCUUCAAGCUGUUGUCAUAACUGUGGUGGUCCGUGACUUGGGUGUCAUGACUAAGACCUUUUGUUGUGUUUUGUUAUGGAACACAGCAAGUACAAAGCAUCACGCAGGGGCCAGGCAUAAGGCUGACUACUCUGCUGAAGUAAGCAGCUUUUUUCUAGUCUCCUCCACUUGGAAUGGGACUGUCCUGAGAAGAGAUUUGCCAGAGGCUGGAGUAAUUUGAGCCACAUGCUAGUUUUUUCCCUCUUAGAACACAUUCUCUUAGGCCAGUGGUUCUCAAACAUUAGGGUGCAUUAUAAUCACUGGGGAGCUUGUGAAAAAUAGAGAAACCUGGCCCUCACCUUAGGAGGUUCUGAUUCAGCCAGGGAGAGGACAGGAAUCUGUAUUUUUAACACGAACCCCAAGUAAUCUGUAUUCAGGUGGUUCCUGGAUCACAGCUUCAAAUAUUACUACCUUAAACAUCAGUAAAUAUUUCUGUACCCAUCAGGUGCUUAACACAACUCCCAGAAGGUGUUUUGAUUAUUAAAAAAAUAAGCAAAUAAAAGCAAUUUUAGAGGUAGAAAGUAACUUAAAAUGGACUCAAUCUCGUUAUUAGAUGAAUGAGAGAAGUUAAGUGACUUGCCUAAAGUCAUCCUGCAAAAUUAGUGGCAGAGCCAGGACUUGAAUUCAAGUCUCUUAAUUCCUUGCUCAGGGCCAUUUCUACUGUAUUAUGCUGGCUGUUAAAACAAUGACUUAUGAACACUUUUUUUGUCUUUAAGUUGUAUUAUUGUGAAUACCUUUAAACUGGCCAGUAGAUUCAAAAAGGAAGGCAUGGGAGUAUCAAUGCUGAGAAUUCCAGCCAUAAGAAGAAAAGUGUUUUAAAUCUUAUAGAAAUGUUUAAGCAACCCAAAUACAUGAAUAAAAAUGACACUUUUUGUAGAACCUGCCAGACAGCCAUUCACGCACGUACAGAGGUUACAUCUCACUUGGAUAAUGUUGGCUGUAGGACAAAUUUUAAAAAUUAGAUCUUUCUUAUCAUGGAUGUUAAAAAAAAAUUGGAAAUGUUUUAGUCAUCAAAAAAAGUACCCACAGUGAAAACACAGGUUUGCCAUAAACUUUCUUAAAAACACAUAUUUAAGAGAAAAUAAAGAGACAAAAACACCUAAUGUUGACAUUAAAAAUAAGCUACUGGGCUUCCCUGGUGGUGCAGUGGUUGAGAGUCCGCCUGCCGAUGCAGGGGACACGGGUUCGUGCCCCGGUCUGGGAAGAUCCCACAUGCCGCGGAGCGGCUAGGCCGGUGAGCCAUGGCCUCUGGGCCUGCGCGUCCAGAGCCUGUGCUCCGCAACGGGAGAGGCCACAGCAGUGAGAGGCCCGCGUACCGCAGGGGAAAAAAAAAAAAAAAACCUACUAAGUACAAAGGUUGUAUUGAUAAUCAAAAGAAGUUUCCAUAUAUUGCAUCUCCUUGGGAGAGUGGUCCAUGUCAGAUGCUGGGCCCAAAUGUUGCCCAACUCUAAUAAAUUUCAGUCCGUGAUUCAAGAAUAUCUAUCAUGUGUCAAAUAAUGUAGAUACUCUACUAGUAACUCUCACAAAAACUGCAAGGUAGGUGGCAUGAGCACCAAUGUACUUUGGGGGAAAUGGAAGGUCAGAAAGGUUGAUUUGACAUAAGUCACAGAGCUGGCAUGGGGUGGCAGCACUGAGAUUCAAACUCAAUGUUUUAGUUCCAAGCCUGUGCUUACUACUCUACCAUUUUGCCCUUUAGUUUGUAAAGGAUGGUAAACUGGCCUGUUAAUUUACUUAUUUAACACCCUCUGGAAGUUGUUUAUUUCAGAGCUGGCUCAUCUUCUGCACCAUACAAAAGAACAUUUACAAGAUAGACAAUUUCCAUUAGAAUUAACGCCAUAAACUGCAGGGCACACAUACAGUCCGUUCCUAACUAAAAACCCUCAUGUAGGGUAAGUAGCUAUAAAGUAAAGAAAAAUGGAGGAUUAAUAGCCUUAUACAAAAACAGAGCCUCACAGAUGAGAAUUAAAAAUUAAUAGCAAACUCAACAAAACCUUUGUCCUCUCUGAGGUAUUGUCAUGAUCAGGAAGUCAUCAGGGGAUAUUAAUCAAGGAAUUAAAGGGCAUCAGGAAUGCCAUACUAUUGGAGGAGAUCACACUUAAAAUUUCAAGAUCCCAUUUCACCUAGUGUAUAAAAUCUAAUCUGGUGUUUUUAACUCUAAAAUUUUAUUUAGUCGUUUUUAAUCAUGAUAAUUGGUAAAUGUAUUAUAAUUGAUAAUAUAAUUGUUGGCAAGUAUAGUAUAAAUUAUACAUGUUUUAAAAAGCUUUCUGCAGAACAGUAUAUUUAUGGCGAAGCUAUGUUGAAUGAGUUUAAAAACAUCAAAUAUACCGUAGUUCCUUAUUUUCAAUUGUGAAAAUGAAGUGGCUGAUGCAGAGGAGACCUCUAUUUUUAUCUUUUGAAAAUGUCUGUGGUCUUUUUUCUCAGAAGCUCAAAGAGCAUGUAUAUUUUGUUUCUCCUUGUUACAUCCCCGGGAAGAGGUUAUACCAAAAAUUUUAGGAAAACAAGCAUGAAGAAGGUAAAUCACAUAUUCCUCACUCCUAUGUCUAGAACCAAGAUCACAUCAUAUCAUUGUUAAGGCUGUUUUCUAGAAAGUGCAAUAUAGGAAAAACACUCUGAGACUCUUUUAGGAGCCUAGUGUUUCCCAUAUUAGAAUAUAUGGUGUUGGCAUCCAUAAGAAUCUGUUAAGCUUGUGUUUAACAGGAGAAAUGGUCUGAUAACUUACUGAUGACAGUCAUCCCCAUUUAAUGACCAGCAGUCACUGAGAGCUAUGAAAAUUCAGUAACACAGUGUUGGUCAUGAAGGAAAGCAUAUAUAUUAAUGUUGGGAUAAUUAAUGCAUUUGUCUUAAGUGCCAAAAUUCAAAACUUGUAAUUAUUUUUGAUGCAAGUCUUUCAGAUAUGUCAGUAUACCUACCCGCCUUCUUCUUAAACAGCAUGCUCAGUACAAUUCACUUUUUCAUGAUGAAAGUAAAAGUUAUAUUCAUGUGUUAUUACAAGUAUCUAAUGAGCUCUGAUGUAUGUAAAAUAAUCCAUAAAUUGUAAAGGGCUAUAACAAAUUGAUAUUAAUUAUUAUAAAGUGAUUCCCUCAGCCUCGAGGUAUAUAUAAUCAUUUGCCUCAGAUUCCUGGUGUGGUUUUUGUUUUUUCUUUAAUUUAAAAAAUUUUGUAUCUGCUAAGCAGUUUGUUUUGCUUAUAUAGUGGUCUCCUGCCACACUAUCAAUAUACCUGCCUCUAACAGGCUCCCCACUUCCUUCUAAUGUGCUGUGUUCAUCUGUUAUGAGCUGGGACAUGAGAUAACCAAGCCUGCUUAGUUUCUAAUGGGCUGGAUGAGCUCUGGGUGCACAGUCUGUGAGACAGCUCUUUUGGUUGCUCACCACCUUCCUGACAGGUUCACAGUAACCUUCUGGAUAAUAGUUCCCAGUUAAAGCCCAAGCUAGUGAUUUUUUUCAGUUGCCACUAAGUAAAAUACUACAAGCUAAGGAUGCUGCUAGAUUAAGGAGAAGCAAUGUACCAAAGUACAGGGAAGCAAAAACAAAGGCUCUGUAGUUGCACAGGGGUCUUUCAUGCUUUUAAGGAAAAAGAAGAGUGCAGAGGGAAAAAAAAAAAAACCCGUGAAAAUCCAGAUAGACUUGAGUAUUUUUGAUGCCAUUGAACUGUCAGUAAUUAUUAAAAUAUAUGGUUAAAAAAUAAAAUACAUGGUUAAAUUAUCACACAUUGUACAAAGACACAGUUAAGUCUCAGUGCAAAAUGAGAGUGUACUGAAAUUUAUACCCUGAACACAAUUCAUAAGAAUUUCUUCCAUUCAAACGAUAAUGGAAACUAUUAUCAAAAGGGAAGUCUCAAAUUUACCUGUAUGCCGCUUUUUUAGUUGUAAAUGAAUUAGUGAUAGAAAAAUGGGUUUUAUUAAAUGCUCCAGGGAAUACAUCUCACAUGCACACACCUCCUCUAUACAUGUGUAUAUAAAUGUCACUAUAAAUGAAAAUGCUAGAGAUAAUAAAAUAAUUUUAAAAAUUUAAA